AUGGCGGAGGCGGCUUUGGACGCCGUACGGAGGGAGUUACGAGAAUUCCCGGCCGCGGCAAGGGAGCUCAGCGUGCCUCUGUCUGUGCCCUACCUGGAUGAGCCCCCUACUCCACUCCACUUCUAUCGAGACUGGGUCUGCCCCAACAGGCCCUGCAUCAUCCACAACGCUCUGCAGCACUGGCCAGCCCUCCAGAAGUGGUCAUUCCCCUACCUGAGGGCCACAGUAGGCUCCACAGAGGUGAGUGUGGCUGUGACCCCAGACGGCUAUGCAGAUGCCGUGCGAGGAGACCGCUUUGUGAUGCCCGCGGAGCGCCUCCUGCCGCUGAGCAGGGUGCUGGAUGUGCUGGAGGGCAGGGCCCGGCACCCCGGAGUUCUCUACGUACAGAAGCAGUGCUCCAACCUGCCCACUGAGCUGCCCCAGCUGCUGCCUGACCUGGAGCCUCAUGUGCCCUGGGCCUCCGAGGCACUGGGAAAGAUGCCUGAUGCUGUGAACUUCUGGCUGGGGGAGGCAGCUGCAGUGACAUCUUUACACAAGGACCACUAUGAGAACCUCUACUGUGUUAUCUCGGGAGAGAAACACUUCCUGUUACAUCCACCCAGUGACCGACCCUUCAUCCCCUAUGAGCUGUACACACCAGCAACCUACCAGCUCACUGAAGAGGGCACCUUUAAGAUGGUGGAUGAAGAGGCCAUGGAGAAGGUGCCUUGGAUCCCACUGGACCCCCUGGCACCAGAUCUAGCCCGGUACCCCAGAUACCAUCAGGCCCAGGCCCUUCGCUGUACUGUGCAGGCCGGCGAGAUGCUCUACCUGCCGGCCCUUUGGUUCCACCAUGUCCAGCAGUCCCAUGGCUGCAUUGCUGUUAAUUUUUGGUAUGACAUGGAGUAUGACCUCAGGUACAGUUACUUCCAACUGCUUGACUCCCUCACCAAGGCCUCAGGCCUCAACUAG